AUGGUACUUGAAUUAUAUACUGAUUGGUUAUCUCAACCUUGCCGUGCGGUCUCCAUGUUAUUGAUGGAUAAUAACAUUGAACAUCAGGUUCACGAAAUCGGUAUAAUGAAGGAAGAAACUCAAGGCGCUGCUUACAAACAAAUAAAUCCAUGUGGAAAGGUUCCAUCAAUUGUUGACGAUGGUUUUCAUUUAGGUGAAUCACAUACAAUAAUGCGUUAUUUAUGUGAAAGUAGAAAUCUACCUGAUCAUUAUUAUCCAAAAGAUACAAAACAACGUGCUAAAGUUGAUUAUUGGCUAGAUUGGCAUCAUUCGAAUCUUCGUCAUGGAUCUGUUCGUUUAAUUAAAGCAAAUGUAUUUGGUCCUAUUAAAAAUUAUUCCCAACAAACAAUUGAUGAAUUAAAAAAAGAAGGUGAUGAAGUGUUAAAAUCAAGUUUAACAUUCAUGGAUGAAAACUUAAGUAAAAAUAAUUAUGUUGCUGGUGGAAAUCAACUUUCAAUUGCUGAUAUUGCAUUAGUCUGUGAAGUAGUGAUGUUACCAGUUGCGAGCGCUUCAUAUGAUGAUUAUCCAAAUGUACAAGCAUGGGUAAAACGAUUAUCAACAGAAAUAAAAUCAUGGGAUGAAGCAAAUGCAACAUUAAAUAAAUUUCUUGCAUCACAAAAGAAAUAA